GGUUUAGUGAGUGUAAAGAACAUCCCGAGCACGUCACGAUGAUGGGAGAAACCGCGGUGUCGUUCGCUAAGGAUUUCCUUGCCGGUGGAAUCGCCGCCGCGAUAACAGAGACCGCUGUCGCUCCUCUCGAGAGGGUCAAACUGCUGCUGCAGGUCCAGCACGCCAGCAAAGAGAUCACGCCGGACAAACACUACAAAGGUAUUAUUGACUGUGUAGUGCGCAUUCCUAAGGAGCAGGGAUUCCUGUCGUUCUGGAGAGGGAACUUGGCCAACGUCAUCAGAUAUUUCCCCACACAGGCCCUCAACUUUGCUUUCAAGGACAAGUACAAGAAGGUGUUCCUGGACGGCGUUGACAAGCACACUCAGUUCUGGAGGUAUUUCGCCGGUAACCUGGCCUCUGGUGGAGCGGCCGGAGCCACGUCUCUGUGUUUCGUCUACCCGCUGGACUUCGCCAGAACCCGUUUGGCUGCUGAUGUUGGCAAAGCCGGUGCGGGGAGAGAGUUCUCGGGACUCGGCAACUGUUUAGCGCAGAUCUUCAAGUCUGAUGGUCUGAAGGGCUUGUAUCAGGGCUUCAAUGUGUCCGUGCAGGGCAUCAUUAUCUACAGAGCGGCGUACUUCGGCGUCUAUGACACGGCCAAAGGAAUGUUGCCUGACCCCAAAAACACGCACAUCAUGGUGAGCUGGAUGAUCGCUCAGACCGUCACGGUUGUCUCCGGGUUCCUGUCGUAUCCCUUUGACACGGUCCGUCGGCGUAUGAUGAUGCAGUCUGGAUGCAAAGGAGCUGACAUCAUGUACAGCGGCACGAUCGACUGCUGGAAGAAGAUGGCUCGUGAUGAAGGCGGGAAGGUUUUCUACAAAGGUGCCUUGUCUAAUGUGCUGCGAGGAAUGGGCGGAGCCUUCAUGCUGGUUCUGUACGAUGAGCUCAGGAAGGUCAUUUAAUCCUUUGAAGGAAAACCUGUUUAAACCUGUAAUGUAUCUGACUAGUGACUCAUGUGUGAAGGAAAUUCUUAGAAGACUUUGAGAACAUGUUAGAUUAAAAUAUCAUGAUAAUAUAUUUUUACCUUGAACAAGAUGUUUCGAUAGGCAAUGUUAUCGAUGUGACGUCACGUUUGACAAAAUCUGAAGUAUAUUGCCACAUAAACUUAAUUUAUAAAUAAGAAUAAAACACAAUG